CUGUCAUCCUACAUGGAGGGCCGUGAAUUCAUGCUAAAUCCAGACGCCGGUCACUUGGAAGAUCUUAUUUUACCCAAGUGGACUAAAAUGCCCUCCAUACUUUAUGCACUGUCAAUACUGACGACAACAGGCUACUUGUCGGCGGUGCCAUCAACAAAACUCGGGCAGUUCGUUGCCGUCAUUUACGGUCUACUAGGCAUUCCGCUGAUGGUACUUGCAGCUGUCGAUAUCGGACGUUUUCUCUCUGACAUUGUGCUACGACUUUAUCGAAAAGUAUUAUUUUAA